CUAAGCUACUUGAUCACAAGCCAAAGCUAAACUCUCAAAACCCAAAUGAAAGCAAAGAGAAAAAAAAUGCCAUUGUCCACCUGUACAACAACUUCAAUGGUUACUCCCCAUUUCACUAAAAAGCCCAAAAUUGGUGUAGUGGGAAAAGAAGAAGACGAAGAAAAUCUAAGCAAUGAGUGCAAGGAGUUGAUUCAUUCUCUUCCCAAAGAGAAAGGUUGGAGAACUCCUUUCAUAUAUCUUUUCCAAGGCUUUUGGUGUCAACCAAAAGAGAUUCAAGCCAUAAUCUCUUUCCAAAAACACUUCCAAGCAAGAGACUCUGAUGUAAUUCUUGCUACCAUACCAAAAUCAGGUACAACAUGGAUAAAGGCCUUGACCUUUGCCAUCAUGAACCGCAAGCGUUUCACCACUUCAAGCAAAAACCAUCCACUGCUUACAUCCAAUCCCCAUGAUCUAGUACCUUUCUUCGAGUACAAGCUUUAUGCAAACAACCAAAUCCCUGACCUCUCCAACCUUCCCAGGCCUAGACUUUUUGGGACUCAUGUUCCAUUUGCUUCAUUGCCAGAAUCAAUAAAGAGUUCUAGUUGUCGAAUUGUUUAUGUAUGUCGGAACCCUUUUGACACAUUCAUCUCCUCAUGGCAUUACAUCAACAAAGUGAGGCCAGAAUCUCUACCUCCAUUUCCACUAGAAGAAGCUCUCAACUUGUAUUGUAAGGGGGUGGUCGGCUUCGGACCCUUUUGGAAGCACAUGUUAGGGUAUUGGAAAGAAAGCAUGGAGAGGCCGGAGAAGGUUUUGUUCAUGAAAUAUGAGAACAUGAAGGGAGACACUAUCUCCCACUUGAAGAUGUUGGCAAAUUUCUUGGGGGUCCCUUUUUCAAUUGAAGAGGAGAAAGAAGGUAUAAUAAAGGACAUAGCAAAGCUAUGUAGCUUUGAGAAUUUGAAAGAUUUGGAGGUCAACAAAUGUGGAAAAUCCAUUAAAAACUUCGAGAACAAACACUUGUUCAGGAAAGGCGUGGUAGGAGACUGGGUGAAUUAUCUCUCCCCUUCAAUGGUUGAGCAGUUAUCCAAAGUUAUCAAGGAUAAAUUAGGUGAUUCUGGCCUGAGAUUUAAGGCGUUUUCCUAGGACUAUGUCUACUUGACAUGGAAUAUAAUAUCCAUAUACAUCUAUUUAUGGUCUUAUUAUAUUUGGCAAUUCUCCUGAAUUCCUUUGAAAAUGGAAAUAAUGAAAGGAUAGAGAAGAUAAAAUAUUUGGGUCCAUUGAAUUUUGCGGGGCUACAUUCAAUAUCAAUGUUCAAAAAGGGUAGCUCAACAACGUUGGUGAUCAUUCCAAUCCAUGACACUUGUUUUUUGUUUUUUUUUUUCUCAAUCAAAAUCAAUAUUACUCCAUAUCAAAAGUCGAUAUAUGAGUUAAUUUGUUGAUUUUGGUCAAGUCGAAUAUAGUAACAUAUUCACGUAAACUUAUAAUCACAUGAAAUGUUCAUCAAUUAUACUUUACUAUCAUGAU